UCUUUAUAUACCAAAUCCCUUUUCCCCCCUUUCUCUUAACACUUCUCGACUUCCUCUCCCUUCUUUGUCUUCCUUCCUUUUCUCUCGCUCUCUAAUGGCUCCCGCCGCUAAGACCGUCUGCGUAAUGGACGCUUCCAGCGGCACAGGCUCGGCGCUGGUGGCUGCGCUGUUGCAGAGAGGCUAUAAUGUUCAUGCCUCUGUUCAGAAUCACGAGGAAUUGCAGUGUGUUAAGGGAAAUACGAACAAAUUGAAGGUUUGCCGUUCGGAUCCGUUGGAUUAUCAUAGCAUUAUGAACGCUCUUAAAGGAUGCUCCGCUUUGUUCUACUCCUUUCAACCUCCUCCUGAUCAUUCCACCUACGAUGAAUUAAUGGUGGAAAUUGAAGUAAGAGCAGCUCAUAAUGUUCUGGAAGCAUGUGCCCAAACGGACACCAUCGAGAAAGUUAUUUUCACCUCUUCCGUUACUGCGGUAAUUUGGCGUGACGGCAUCAAAACGAUGUCGUCCGACGUUGACGAACGCCACUGGAGCGACGUCAAUCUCUGCAAGAAGUUCAAGCUGUGGCACGCUCUAUCGAAAACCCUAGCGGAGAAAACCGCGUGGGCCCUGGCAAUGGAUCGUGGGGUGAAUAUGGUGUCCAUAAAUGGAGGGCUGGUAAUGGGCCACGACUUGACGAUCAAUAAUCCGUAUUUGAAAGGAGCGGCUGAGAUGUACGAAGAUGGGCUGUUGGUGACCGUAGAUCUCAAGUUCAUAGUUGAUGCUCAUAUAUGCGUGCUUGAAGAUGUCUCAUCCUACGGUCGAUAUUUAUGCUUCAAUAAUAUCAUUAAUUCUCAUGAGGAAGCUCUUACACUCGCCCACAUGCUAUUACCGCCCUCUUCUGAAGCUUUCACGCAUUCCAGGUUCCCGCUCUCUCUCCCUUCUCAAUUCUGCGGUUUUAUAUUCAGCCACAUCACCCUUAUUAAAUUACAAGCUUAGUUCAUUAUUUCUGAAUUUAUAUCUAUUUGAUCAACUUUAAAAUUGUGUUCACCAACUUAAUGGGUUUUUUAUUUUGUGUUUGAACAAUUUGAUUAAUUUAUGCCUAAUAAACUAAUUAGUUUAAAAUUUGUAAUGUGACAUAGAAUUUAGUGAAGCAAAUUGAAAAUUCAAAGCCUUUAUUGUAGCUACUAUAAUAAUUGAAGAUAGAUUAUGAAAUUUUGUUCUAGAUAUUUCAGUUUCUUUUGGGAA